UUGGAGUAUAAAGUGAAUACACUUCUCUGAUUUGGUGAAAAUAUGGCAGCUGGUGGGGAGGAUUUUGAUUCUUGGCUGAGUUUGAAACUGCUUGCUCUCAAUAUCGAUGAAGGAGUAUUUGGCUCUUACAUUAAAGGCAUUUUGGACGGAGAUGAAUCACUGGAGGAUAAAACAGAAGCCUUGGAAGGGAUUCUGUCAGAGAUAACAGAAAAUGGUAUUAGAAACCACUGCAGAGAGAUUCUGGAGAAGUGGCGAAACACUUCUCAGGCAGCUAGUUCGGUAAAGGAAGCGGAAGUUGCAGGAGCAGAAGCAAUGGACAUAAAACUGGCAAAACUCAUGGAAUCUCAAGCUCGUCCAACAACUGUUCAGAGAACUUACACAGAUGAGGAAAGAAGAAUUCGUGAAGCUAUUUUGGCACAGUAUAGUCAGAUGUCGGACCAAGACGACGAUGAGGAUGAUGGUGACAGAGGUGCUGAAGGGAAAGAGAAUGGACUUGUAAAGAACACUAAUGCCUCAGUUGUCCAGCAGGCUGAGAAAGAAAAAAGAGAAAAAGCAAAACUGGAAAGCCAGAAAAAGAAGGAAAAAGAUAGAGAAGACAGAGAGAAGCAGAAACAAAUUCAACAAGAAAAAAAGGAGAAACGCAAAACACAGAAGGGGGAGAGACGAAGAUAGCAAGAUCUCUCAAACAUCAAAUUACAUUGUAUGUGUUGUGCUGUGUUAAUUUAUUGCCAUUGGAUCAAUUAUGUUGAUUGUAGUACCUACAGUAUCCUUAAUCAGCUGUUUUAUCUCAGCUGCCUUUUAGGAUGUCCACAUUAGUAUUAGUGAGGGCACAGCUUGGGGUAUUACAAUGCCAUGUGUGGCUGCCACAAAUGGACAAUGUCUCUGCAGUAGACAUUUGAGUGAAAUAAAAUUGACUUUAUAAAGUGUAUCAGUUUUGUUACAUUUCAAUCAGUGGUUUUUUUCUCGUUGUAGUAAGACCUUUUCCAUAUCAGACAUUGUUAUAUUGUAAUUUCCUGUAAUGGAUUUCAAUACUUGUGAGAAGCAUUUUCUGUGUUACAUAUUUUUUAAUAAUAAUAAUAUUUUUAUUACUGUUGUUGACUUUUAUCGCCAUUGUUGCUAAUUAUUACUACUAGAAUCUCCAUCACUUGUCUUUCUUAUAAUUUCUCAUGUUGGAAGAAUUGAGAGUAAUUAGAAAAGUAAAAGUGUCUUGAUGUCAGGAUUAUGGGGAUCAUACAUGGUAAUCCUUUCAUAAAAUUAAGUUGUAUGUUAAUUAUUGCAUUCAAAUUAUAUUUAGAUUAUUUAUAAGAAAAUGAGCUCCUUUCUGGUAAUAAGAUUUUUAAGAACAAUCAGUAAAACAGUUUCUGUGUAUAACAAGAAUGAAAAUUUCUGGAUGGAGCACAGGAACAUAUAACAGAAAUACUGUUAACACUAGCUUUCGAGCACUAGUUCUCUUCCCAAUGGUAGUACACACAUUCACACACACGAUGAUGCAGACACCCACUCACACUCCGUACCCAUAGUGAGACUCAGUUUCAGAAAUUUUCCCUUAGUUUUUGUUGGCUGCAUAAAUCGUGCCUUGUUUGUGUUGUUUUGAAUGAAAGCCAACAAAUUACAUAAAAAACUAAUGAUUUGUGAUAAGGUAUGCUUUUUACAAGUAUUAUAUAAUUUUGUCAUUUUAAGACAGCUUUUAUCAUUGAUAUUGUUUUUAGUUUUGGGGGUGAUUACAGUUGCACAUGUGUCUCUAGCAUCUAUGCAGUUGUGUAAGGUUUAGUGGGGAGAGAGAAUAAGGGAAAGUUACUGAGGAGGAAUGAGAGUUAGUGCUCUUCAUCUGCAGAUUUAAAUUCAAAAUUAUCACUCAAGCCUUCCAAAGGGCAAAUGGUUUUUUAUGUCUGUUGUAAAGGAUGUUUUUGAAACUAGCAAUUAUACUAUUACUGUUCUUCUUGCAAGCAGUAAUAUAAAUUUUUAUCAGAAGUUUUUGUUCUACUCACUGGAGGUAGUGGAAAAUGUAUUCUUACUUGUUUGAAAUAUUUUUGUAAAAUUGAUAACCUGGAAGCUAAGGAGAAGCAGAUGUGUAUAAUAAAUUUAAAAAUGGGAAGGAGGGAAGGAAUGUAUUGCAUGAUACUUCUCACAAUAAUUUGUGUGGUGUUAAGUGGAUUCAGUUUGUUAAAUGCUUAUGAAUGGAAAUAGUAAAUUUGACUAACACGUUUCUACUGUUAAAAAUUGAACAGGUAAUAUCUUUUUAAACAUAUCUAUUAAUAAUUUGAAGUUGUUUCUAAACAAUCGCACAUGGUUUCAAUGUAUAGUCUGACUGAACAUUUCUUUCUACAUUCUGUAUUCUUAAUGAAAUCAACUGUGGGUAAAAGAUAGUGUGACUGAAGUCAAGAAAUGCUGGAAUUGUUACCAUAGAAGGAAGGAGGUUAUACUCUACAUCGUAUUGACGCAGAGUUCAUUAGUGAUUUAAAUAUUGUUAUAAUUUUAAGUAUGAAAUAUAAUUUCUGAGUAAUACUUUUUAAUUAAAAAAGGUUUUUAGUCCAGUAGAAACAGUAACAGCAUGGUAUAAAAAUCUUUAAGCCAUUCACUUAUAAAAUAGCAUGAUUUUAGAUUUAUUUUACAAAUGUGCUGUCUCUUGAACUUAAUUUAUGUAAAAUAUUGUGCUCUUAAUUCUGUGUGAAAAUAUCUACACUUAAAAUAAAACUUCUGAAUUGUGUAAGUACUACAACAGACACUAACUAAAAUGUGAGUAUGUUUUCAUAUCACAGUCUUAGUCUGGUUAACAUUCGGUUUUCUGUUAUUACUCAGUAUUCUUAGAGUUCAUCGUAAAAUAAAUUCCUGGUGUUACGUUUUGUCAGUUUAGCUUAGGGAGCUGUUUAUUAGAAAUACUCUUUCAACAAAUAAAGUUAUAUGCUGUUGGGCUUGGCUAGCACUUGUUUGGGUCACUGUUGUGUAUACUGAGCAGUGUUGGCAAGCAGGUGCACUCAACUCUUGUAAGACAAAUCGAGGAGCUACCUGAUUGAGAAGUAGCAGCUCCGGUCAUGAAAAUGGCCGGGAGAGUGGUAUGCUGACCUCAUGCCCCUCCCUAUUUGCAUCCAAUGAUGCCUAUAGUCCUGAGGAUGACACAGCAGUUGGUCAGUAUCAUUGGGUUACAGAAUUAAAAGUGCAUAGGUGGUCACUGAGGCACAUGAAUGGUGGGAGACACAUUGGUGCACUUAAAAACCAUGUAAGAUCACAAGGAUUUUUCUAACUUUACCACAUGCACAUGCUGUGGAGGUGAGGGGUAUACAUAGUUGGGUUUGUACUAAAAUUAGAAUAAUAAUUUGAGAGAUGAUGCCUAUUCUUUUACCAUCAUUCAUUUUAAGUGGCUAUCUGUACUAAUUUUUGAUAGCACAUCUAUCCUAUCAUUCCAGUAUAAUACUCAGUCCUCAGUGGAAUACAAACAAUGUAAAGAGUAAAGGUAACCUCUCACCAUACAGUUGAUAAAUCAUAAGGCAUAUGAACACACAGAAUAUUUUAUAAGCAGUCUGCCAGGUUUCCAUACAAAAUUCCACUCAAGUUUUCAAUAUUUUUGAUGUUAAUUUGCAUAGAAAUUUGAAAGAAUGACAGUCUCAUGGAUGAGCACAGAAAUAGUUUCAGCACAUGAUUUUGUUAAAAACCACUUACAGAUUUAAAUUUAAACGCAGUUGUAAAGAGAGAAAAAUUCUGUGACAUGGCAGAUACACAUCUGAUGUUUGUAGACUGUUACACAUUGAAGUUUAAAUUUAUUCCCUUUAUUAUUUUUGUUUUGCUGUAGAGGAUGAAAAUGAAAAACAAGAGAAACAACUUAUAAUUAUAAAUGCCCCAUUACAUGUUUUAUUUUAAUAGAAUUUAUAAAAAUCCCUCACUUAUUUUCUUCCGCCUAAAUGUCUUACUUCGUUCCAUUAAAUUUCCUUCAAGCAGUACAUAAUUUUCUCAUAUUCGGAAGUCGUGCUGUAGCUCAGUCAUUCUUUUUAAAUUUUUCAUCUGUCUGAAGACUAGUAAAAUACGUUCAGCAUGUCCACUGAGUACUUGUUGGGCAUUAUUUUCUAACAGAAGAUAAAUUUUUCAUAUCUUUAGAGGGACACCUAAUAGGUUUGAACCAUAUUAUGUUAUCCAUAUGUAAAGUAGAUUGUUGUAAAGCUGUUAUUACUGUGGUAAAACUGACAUGGCUGUGGUGCUUCCUGGUUGUACUUCAUUUAGAUGAUGUAUUUGAGGCUAAAUCUGGGCACUGAUGACCAUGCAGUGAUUGCCCCACAAACCUGUCACUAUCGUCUUUAGGGUAAAUCACAGAUCAUAAAAUAUGGGAGGCUCUGAGCAAUUUACGAGCACACAGAAAAGACUAAAAAUUGCGUAUGUUUUGUGUUAAGCCUGGUCAGCUGACAUGUUUUUGUCUUCAAAAAUCAUCUUUCUGCAAAAUAAUAGUGCUUUCUCUUUUCUUAUUGUUUAACCGUACAUGUUUUGACACUAAUCUGUCAGAUUAUGUGGCUGUCAUUUUCAUUCCUGUAGCUGCAUCAGUAGUGGCCUGCUGGUAGACAUUUCAUAACAUGGACAGCAUGCCAUGUGUUUCAUCAGAUUGUGAAUCAUAAAGUGUGUUUCUUGAGAUAAAUUAUGCACAUUCACCCCCCCCCCCCCCCUCUCUCUCUCUCUCUCUCUCUCUCUCUCUCUCUCUCUCUCUCUCUCUCUCUCUGUGUGUGUGUGUGUGUGUGUGUGUGUGUGUGUGUGUGUGUGUGUGUGUGUGUGUGUGUUUGGAUUUGGAGAACAUUUAAAGAAAGCUAAGAAAUCUUGCCUACUCUGCGUGCUUUUCAGUCAAUGUUUUGUUUUAUUUGGGCAACUGUAGGAUGUUAAAGAAGUGGCUGUGUAUAUAAAAGUAAGAAGAGAAAUGACUAAAUAAGUGUUAUGAAUGUCAUAAUGUUACUCACUUCUAAGACUGAAAGCACAGUACUGUGAUUUUUUUUUUUUUUUCCCUUCCCUCAGUGAAAACACAAAUAUAAGACUCUCACUAAGGUCGAAGAAUUUUGUAUGAGUUUUGUGACUACAUACAACAUUGAUAGUAGUAUUAGAAAUGAAUAAAUAUUUUAUUUUUCUUUUCUUUCUAAAAUUUAAUUUAUUGAGCUUAAAAAGACUGUGUUGAGUAAUACUUUUUCAAUCUUUCUGUAAUUACUUCAACUUUUUUCAAAAUAUGAUUUAUCAAGAUCAACAAAACAAGUAUUACAGUUCCUAUUAGCUUUCUCAUAGUGUUAAUCAGUGUCAACCAUAGUAUUUAAAGUUUACAAAAAGAAAAUAGUCUCAGACAACCAAAUCUUUUGCAUGUGUUAGUCACAGUACACAGUGGACAAUUUGUUGACGGAAUUUCAGAUGAGUAUUUUUGUAGAGUGUGUGUGUGUGUGUGUGUGUGUGUGUGUGUGUGUGUGUGUGUCUACAUGAAAAAAUUUAUCCAACAAAGAGCACUUUUAAUUACAUUUAUUUUAUCAUGGUAACUGAGAAAGAUCACACAUUGGGAAUAUUUUCCCCCUCCCAAAAAAGGGUGGAGGAAGGGGAUAAAAUCUAGUUAUUUUUUUAUAUGGUGCACAACCACAGUAAUGUGGAACUGCUUAUUUUUUCCAUAUCCUAGAUGCUUCUCCUGAAUGUGUUCUGUAAAUCUCAGAAUCUUUUCCCAUGCUUUUCACAACUGAUGAACAGUUUUUGCAUUCUGUGAACUGUUUUCAUUAGAAAUGGAUACUUUGUUAACUUGGAAACUAAAAUAUUUUAUCAACAGUAGACUGUUGGUUUGUUGGUUGGUAUAAAAGAGGAGAAGUGGGGGGGGGGGGGGGGGGGGGACCAAACUGCUAGGUCAUCGGUCCCAGUAGAAAAUUGCAUUGACUUAUUGGAUAUAUCCAAGCACUCCAGAAAAUGAUCACAUGAGCCCAAUUUUCAUAAGCUGUAAGCUUCCUCCUCCUUAAAUGUGUGCACAGGGUAUUAAAUAGCAAGUUUGCAGUAUUUAAAGAAAAUUGCAGUUUUCUCAAUUGAGAGAACUCUCUGUAACACUUUUCUUACAUCAAGGGGGAAAAAAACAUAAGUGACUAUAUAUUAGUGUUGGAGCAAUGAAAAUGUUUUGCUGAUUUUUAUUAAAAUUUUAUGGGUGAUGGACUACCUUUCUGAAAUAUUGUCAGUAGUAUUCUAGUAAAGAAACUCACUAUGAGUACUUUUGUUUUCAUAUCGUCAUUUCAAGGACUGUUACAUUUUGAUGCCAUUGAAUAGUUCUUAAGAAGGCUGAUACUUGAUUCUUAUGUAUGUAAUGUGUGGUGUAUUAUCUAUUUCUAAUGUGUCAGUGACUGAAACAUGUAAUUAUAUAUUAAGUAAGUUCAGGUACAUACACCAAGCUGUGCCCUAAAAGUCAAACCAGUUGUGGAAGCAUGUAAAUAUGUGUUACUGUAAAGCUCAAAGUGAUCAUUGUUUGUGUACUUCAUGUCAUAUGCAUAAUUCAUCAACAUAAUGUGCACACUGCCCAAAUCUGAACAAGGCUGGCUUAAAAAGAUAGUCGUUAAUUGUUACUUUCCUGCAAAACUGUAAGCUGAAUCAACAAGCUCAUAGAAAUUGCAGGUUUUAAAUUUGUCGUGCUGUCGGCACCAUUUGUUGUUAACCUUUUCCACAUAAUUAGCAAUGUGGGGAAAAGCAGUAGCAGAUAUCAAAUUCAGAAGCAGUUAUGUGUAUUAUUUUUAAUUUUUUGAGAAUUUAUAUUUGUAUUUGUUUAGACAAGAUCACUUGCAGUCCAGGAAAUUCUUACUCUAGUGGUGCUAUUAAGUAUUUGGUACAAUAUUCAGGUGCAGGCAAUGCCUUGACAAGUAGAUAAUAUACAAACAUUUUCUUGAGAUAAAAACUUCUUAAGUUUUUUCUGAUGUAAUUGUCAUGGUUUUAAAAAUGUUCAUCAAUAAACAUGACAGUUUAUAAUGUAAAUACAUGUCUGAAACUUAUAUUAUUAAAAUUUUGUAGAAUACUGAUAA